CCGCUCACUGGGCCGUGGAGAAGUCGUGGCGAGGGUCCUAGAAAAGACUUGAAAGACCCCGGUGAAGAUGGAACAGAAGGAAGGGACUGGGCCAGAGGGGAACGACCUGCCUUCCCCAGGGACUGAGGCGUGGCCGCCUGCACCUUUCCCAGCCCUGUUCCCUUCUCUCCUGGGCACCCCAGAUCCAGCCCACCUGGGGCUCCCUGAGAGCCUGGCCGCUGUCACUGUCCCCAUCCGUCUGGAUGCUCUCUCCUACCUCCUGCACAGCGCCCUGAUGGGAGCCUACACGCUUCAGCAGUCCUUGCCCUCCUGCCCCUGCGCCCCACAGGUGUGCUGCACCCAGCCGGGCACCGCCAAGAGGCCGCCCAGGGGACGAGGGGGCAGGGACGCCCGACGCAGGCCAGGCCGGGGUCAGGGCCAGCGGCAGUGGGGACUUGGGAGGGCUGAGCAGGCAGAGAGUGGCUGGGUGGGGAACCCUGGGGCUGGCCCCAAGACCCCGCCGAUGACGCUGCCAUCACCAGCACCACCUGCCCAGGAUGGGAAGAAGGACGCCCAGGGUCCGGAGCCGCCCCUGGAGACGCCGCCUGCUGAUGACUGGGAGGCCGAGUACUAG